AUGGACACUCCAGCGCUUCCACCUCCAGAUAACACCCGCGAUCAAGCGGUAUUGGACAAACUCUCUCAGAUUCGAGACCAAUUGGUCUUGUUAAAGACCGAUCGUACAACUUAUCUCCGGAGCCAGGAGGUGAUACCUCUGUAUGACGAAACUCUUCAACAGGUGAAGCAGCUUGAAGAUCUCGGGUUUGUGGAUGGGAAGCCGCAAACGCAGCUCGCACACGUGUUGGACAGCUGCUUUCGCAUCCUCUCCCUAUGUUUCCUCACAAUCGGCCGAAACAACGAAGCGCCCGCCGUAUACGCCCCCACAACGAUCAUCCUGAGACUACUAGACCACCUCGCCGAAAGCGACCUAUACUCCGCUAAAGAUCUGGAAGCCAUGGAAGAGACAUUGAACAAGCUCGCCGUAAAUGUGAGCCGGGACAUGGCAUGUCCCCGGCCCUACGUCACGCUCCUCUCGAGGCGCAUUGAGCUUUGCAGGACCUCUCUUGCGGCGCUUCAGGAGAGGCUCAAGAGGCUGGAAGACCCGCUUCCCGAGAUCUACGAGAGACUCAUUUCUAUUAUCAGGACCAUUUCGAGGGCAAACACUCGGCCGACGGUUUCAACAUCGGAAAUCACAGAAUUGCAGAAGAAGGCGCAGGAAAUUGCAGAUCAGAGGAAAGACGGCAACUUUGUCACCGAGGAUGGGGGAGUCCCCGCGGGUAACGAUAUUGUCAACGACGUCCUGGCUCGCUGUCUUGCUUGGGCCGAGGUGUCCCUUGAAAGGAAGGGAGCUGCUUCUAUCCCUGAUCGAUUCCGAGCGCUGUACGAUAAACUCAUUCGGGUCCGCAAUCAUCUUGAGAAACUCUCCGUUACGCAUGCGUGGGCUCUACGAGAGGCGGAUUUAUAUGAUUACCACCGCACCCUGGAUAGGAUUGACGACAUGCGAGUCAAUGGAAACUGGGUAGAUGAGGAGGGCAAUCCCGCCGAGUCUUACGUCAGAAGAAUGCUACUCUAUCUUAUCAGGAGGUCGUACGGAUUUGUCUUCUCCUUGAUGAUCGCAUCCCAACCAGUUUCGGAGGCUUUACUUCCAGUUUACAACCAGCUAAGGACGCUAAAACGGUGUCUAACGGAAGUCAUGGACAACGGUUCGAUCAGGACCGUCAGAGAGGUUUAUCCGUACAGCAUGAAGCUCAACUCCAUCGACAACAUGCGGGUAGACGGCAAAUUCAUGGUCGGGGACGACAUUCCCGAGGGUCAAGGAAGGGUGACGGAGCUUUUGGAGGACUGCUUCGACCUCUCGCGUGAGCUCAAGCUCGCCGCCGAGGCAGCUGAGGCUCAAGCCUCGAGCACGGAUCUCGAAUCUAGGACAGCCUCGGAGGUAGAGUCUGACGAGGAGGAGCCGGAGGAAGAGGAAGAAGAGGAGGAUGACGAGUCGGGUGGCGCGCCUGUGAUGAAGCCUCACAAUGAGGUGCCGAUUCAUGCGUAG